UUUGCGAGGUGCAAAUGAAAUGUACUUCUACGAUCAACAGUUCUUUAUCUUUUCCUUUGCAUCAUAACUUCCGUAUUGUAGAUAUCAUGUACAACUAUAUUUGAAGAUGGAAUCUGAAGAAGUCUCCAACGAUAGAGGUGAUGAAAUGAACACGAAGGGCAGAGUUGAGGAUGCCCAUGUAGAGAAAACUGAAGUUGAUAAACAAUCUGGUAGUCAAGCUAAUGAAAACAGUGACCCCUUGCCAGAAGAGAAGUUACCCCAGGAGCCCCUCAAUGAUCAGGAACGGCACUUACUUUACGAAAAAGGAAUCAAAUUCAAGAAGAAAGGGAAUUCUAGACAUGCUCUGUACUGUCUGUUGGCCUGUGUGCGAGGAUUGAAAGAAGGAUCUCAAUUUCACCAACUUCCUGAAUGCCUUCACAAUAUAGCUGAGAUCUACAGCCAGCUUGGAGACUAUGAAAAUGCUGUUUCAUUUGCCCAGGCAGAAAAACUUUAUUAUGAAACAUCUCUGAUAACUGCAGGUAGUAUGUUGCAGCCAGGACAGAAUGGAUCAGAUAGUGUAGGUAGUGCCUUACCAUCUGAGCAGACGACAGGAAAUACAACAAAGACCACAGGAUCUCAGCCCGCUGUCAAACAUGAUCCACAGGAACAUUCAGCUGAAGCUCGGUCUGCCAAUGAGUAUGAAAAACUUGCACACAUGUGCCUCAAGCAAAGAGAUGCCCAGCUGGCAUUAGAAUACUGUGGCAAGGCCGUAAAAUUACGUCAGUCUGUCUAUGGAGAGGAACAUCCUGUAACAAAAAAGACGCUAGAUCUAUUUACCGUCAUAUAUGCAGAGAUGGGAAAGGAACAAUACACAGCUGCUAUGCAGAAAUUCAGUGAAGCUAAACAGGCCAAUGAUGCAACUACUGAAAAACAAGAUAACACUGCAGAUACUUCUGAGGCUAAAAAAGAUGACCAAGCCCAGAACAACCAAACAUCGGUAGAUGGAAGGCCAACUCCUGCUGGAGAGUCACGUGACAGAGGUCAAGACACAGUCACGCCUGCAGCUCAAGUCAGCGACGAAAAAGUCAGUCUCACUCCCGGUCAAGCAAUGUUCUGUUUCUUUCUGAUCACGGCCGUUAUAGCUGCUUGCAUGACAAUGUUUGUCUGUCACGUUAGCAGUACGGAUCCAACGUCAACAUUUAAGUACAUAAUGACAAGGCUAAGGUUUUACUAGUACUACUACUUUAGACGAGCUGCUGCGGGAAACAGUUACUUCUGAUAUGCGAGAGACACGAUAUUACGUGAUACCGUGACACUUUGGUCUUGUGUGACACUAAAGAGAGACUACGACCGGGCUAGAUUGUCAGAGUCUCGUCCAAUAAGCAGUUUACCAUUGCUAGUCGUUUGACACACCCCCAUCCCCCGUCCCCGUCAGACCAUCUCUCGCUUUUACAGCUGUCACUUUAUCUCUUGUACAAACUCCCGAAGAUACCUUUUUCAUAUAACAUUUAAAGAUACUGUAACGAGGAAUAUAAAUAAAGCAAGAGGAUGUUAUUGAAAGGGACAUUCUUAAACCAGA